AUGCUCGCUGCAAAUGAAGAAGUCCCGGCAGUACCGGGAAUAUUUGACGUUCUCCGCUAUUUGGAGAACGAACCUGUAAUGCUAAAUGCAUUACAGGAAUUUAUGAAUAUGAGGCAACAGCGUGAUAGCCUGCUGAAUGCUCGCUUGACCGAGGUAGAAGGAAGGCUGGCUGAGUAUGAAGGGCGAAAUGCCCAACAAGAAAUGGGAGAAGAGCAGGAUGAGGAAGAAGUGGAUAAGAGGUCGGCACCUCAGGAGCCGGAAUUUAAUAUUGAAGACGCAGAGUGGGCACCUCUGCCGGAAAAUGACGAUGAAGCGAUUGGCUAG